UAGCUAUUCAGCUUUCAAUUCAUCGAGUCUCCAUCUCCGUCACUCCCGUCACGCGAAAAUGGAUCUCCCUUCCUCUCAAACUCGCCGUCUGCCUAGCUCACCGUCGUCACCACCAACCCUCCCCGACGAAAUCAUGGCGGAAGUCCUCUCCUUCCUUCCCGUCAAAUCUCUCAUGCAAAUGAAAUGCGUUAGUAAGUUCUUCGACGCCCUCAUUUCCGAUCCCACCUUUAUCAAAAUGCAUCUCCGUCGAUCCGCUCGAAACCCUCAACUCACACUCAUCUCUGGAAAUUCCGUAGCAGAUAUCCGUUUCGUUACUCUCCCUAUCAACAAUUUUCUCGACAAUCCUCUGAUCACCGUUCCGGAGAAGCCUUUCCAUCCAUUGUUGGAUAUUGUUCAUUACUGGUUGGUUGGUUCUUGUAAUGGAUUGCUCUGCUUUGCUCAUUAUGAUAGUUUCACUGAUAGCUAUAGAGAUUGCUGGCUCAAUUUCUAUAAUCCAGCUACAAAUACUUUAUCUAACAAAUUAGGCCAUUUUAAGGAUUAUUGCAAGCAUCGUUAUUUCUUCUCUAGAUAUGCAUUUGGUUAUGAUAGUUUAACUGAUAAUUAUAAAGUAGCCGCUUUACGAGUGGUUGGUAGUGACGAAGAAAUUGGUGACACUGAAACUGAAACUCAAUUGAGAACACAUGUGAGAGUUUUUAGUGUGGUUGAUAAUGUUUGGAGAGAUAUUCAAGAUUUUCCGGUUGGUCCUCCCCGGUUAACUCUUCCAAGUGAGAACCAUGGUGUUUAUUUAAAUGGUAGUCUUAAUUGGCUGGCGCUGCGUAAUUGUUACUCUGCGGAUAGGUUUUAUCAUAGUUAUGAUAUUACUCUUGAUCAAUUUGUGAUCAUUUCACUUGAUUUGGGUGCUGAGAGACACAUGCAGUUAAUGCCGCCUCGCGGUUUGGAUGAAGUGCCGCUUAUUGAGCCGACUAUUUCUAUGUUGAUGGAGUCUCUUUGUUUUUGUCAUGAUUUCAAACAAACUUGUUUGGUUAUAUGGCAGAUGAAGGAGUUUGGGGUUGGAGAGUCUUGGACUCAACUCUAUAGAAUUAAAUAUCAAAAUCUUCAACACACUGGAUGCUGGUUGCCUUUGCACAUUUAUGAGAAUAAGAAUACUUUGGUAUUGACAAAGAAGCGAGACCUGCUAUCUAUUAUCUAUGAUUGGGCUAAUGUUUUUAUUCAGAUUCUUCUUCUUAAGAGUGGCAUAGUAGUAAGCUGUAUAGUGAACUUUUGUUUUUUGAAUAAGAGUUUUCUCCUCCAUGUCAUUCAGGUAGAUAACUUGUUCAGUACAUUCCUUAACUCUAGCAACACAAGUACUACUUAAUAUGUUAUUGUUAAGGUCAAUAUGAGCCUGUUCAAGAUUAAGUCUAGCCUGAUUCACUUGAUUCUUUAGCUCAGCCAGAGGUUUACUAAUAUUAGUGAGCACAGGUUUUAAUCUCUGCAGUUUAUUCUAUAGUACAUACAUAGGUGAACCUCUGAUAGGUUUGUUCCAGCUCUCUCUAACAGCCUCCUCAUACCCUGCUAAAUCAGUACUGCAAUUAAAGAACUGGAAUCGUUUAGAGUACCUCUUUUUUUCCACCUUGGGGAUUACAUGAAGUAAAGCAUGGUCAGAAACUCCUGGAGACAUGUGAGCAAGAGUCAAGUCCAUAUACUCUUUAAACUAAGCAGUAUUACACAACAUUCUAUCAAUCCUAGAGUGUAUGGUGUCCUCAGCAUGUCUAUUGCACCAAGUAUAGUACUCACCUAGGCUAUCCAUCUCACUCAGGUCAGCUUUAUGCAUCAUGUCCUACAUAUCCUUAUACUCAUGUUCCAGGACCAGUCUACCCCCAAUUCUGUCUUGAGCUUGGGCCACAUUGUUAUAAUCUCCAAUAGCACACCAAGGAGUGUUUUGAUUAGGGUUAAGGUUGAGUAAAUCUUUCCAGAGUUUCUUCCUUUUCUCCAACUGAUUAUGCCCAUAUA